AUUCUCUCCAUCUCUAUCACUCUCUCUCUUUAUUUUUCUUCCUCUCAUUUGAAAGCUUCGAGAGUCUUAUAGAUGUAAACAGCGAAUAGAAAUUUAACGAAUUUGCCCGUUUCUUAUUGUUUAUAUAUAUACAGGACCAAUACCAUAUAGGAUCGAUGAGUCGUGCCGAGCUAGUGCUAUUAGUAACAUUAUUCUAUCAAUAUAAAAAAUCUUCAGUGCAUUUAUUGCAAUCGCGGACGAAAAUUAAGAGAUAUUCAACGAAGCAUGAUGUAUUUAGCUAGAUCUUUCAUUUGCAAAAUUAAUGACUCAGGUUUGUUAUCGAGAGUACAACGUUACGUAAAAUCGGCUUAUGGUGGACAUGAUAAAACAAAGAAGGAAAAUGAUCUGCUGGAACAAGCGCUGCCGACUGAGAAUAUUCCCGGUCCGCGUGCAACGUUCUUGUUUGGCAAUUGGAUUAGAUUCGUACCACACAUAGGCGAAUAUGGUACAUACGAUAUGGCAGGAAAUACGAAUGCGCAAUUGCGGGAGCUACGUGAUCGUUACGGAGAUAUCGUCAAAUUAGACGGCCUAAGGAAUGGUCAAGCAUACAUCUUAUUAUUCUCAUCGGAACUAUGCGAAAAGAUGUAUCGGAUGGAAAGCAUGUGGUCGACGCGAAUUAGCAUUGAAAGUCUGCGUUAUUAUUGCACAAAUGAAGAGAACAUUUACGCUCUCGCUCAUUUACGCUCCAAACAAAACGAUCUGCUUCUCGCAAGCCAAGGCACAAUAUGGCGCGACUUUCGUUCAAAAGAUGAUUCGUAUAUGUUGGAACCGCAAAUAAUCAAAACGCACAUUACGCAGAUCAACGAUAUAACCGACGAAUUCAUGCAGAAGAUGCAACAGCUGCGACAGCUGCGACGUAUGACCUGGGAAAUGCCAGAAGAUUUUAGAGACGAAUUGUAUAAGUGGAGUUUAGAGUCAACAUGUUCAAUCGCGUUGGAUUGCCGACUAGGAUGUUUAGAGUCUAUCCUCGCCGGCAACUCGGAACCGCAAAUAAUGAUUAAUUGCAUGCACGACUUAUCCGAUGUUAUGUAUCGCAUGAACAUUCUACCGUCUUUAUGGAAGAAAUACAAUACGCAGAAUUUCAUGAAGUGGUUUCGCGUGGUAGAUACAGUUAAUAGAAUAGCUAUUAAAUACAUCGAUCAAGCUGAAGCGAAGCUUCGCGAAACAACGCGAGACGACGACACGAAUCUACAUGAUCGUAGUAUCCUGGAGAAACUUUUACGUCUGGACAAACUAACGGCUCACAUAAUGGCGCUCGAAAUUCUGAUGUCUGGUAUUGAUACGAUUGGUAACGUAGCUGGCGCCAUGCUAUAUUAUAUCGCGAGUAAUCCGCACAAACAAAACAUAUUAUUCGUAGAACUAUUGUCCGCGUUACCGGAUACAACAACGCCCAUUACGUACGAAAUAUUAAAUCGAAUGAGAUAUACCAAGGCCUGCAUCAAGGAGACUCUCCGAAUGUUUCCUAUUACCGUCAACAAUAUCAAAAACAUGUACACGGAUGUUUGCAUAGGAGGAUACAAAAUACCAGCAGGAUUUGAUGUCGUCGCCUGUCAUUCAGUAAUCCCGACCGAGCCUAAGCAGUUUCUGCAACCACACAAAUAUAUUCCCGAGAGAUGGUUACGGGACGACACGGAUUUUCCAUCAGCCAAGCAGGCGCAUUCCUAUGAAUUCAUGCCUGUCGGAUUCGGUUCUGGCAGCUGUUUGAUCCAACGAUUUGCCAUGAUGCAACUCGAGAUAUUGCUCAUAAAAGUUAUACGAACUUUCUGGAUCGAAUGGCAUCACGGAUCGCUCCAACUUGAUAGCCAAUUUUCAAAUAGGAUUGCGUCGCCGAUGCAAUUCAGGAUCUUGUAAAAGUCUCCCGGCGAUCGAUCCACGGGCUUCAUGAAACGCAAUCAGAAUAUCCAUCGUCAUUUCGUGCAACAUUUUUUAAAAUAAUUACGGACGCCGGUACCGAAAACGUUGCUACAAUUACUGUACUUUACAAGCGUUUAUCUCAAAGAAGCCAAUCGAGAUGGAGAGGACACCAUCAACAUCCUUCCUCUCUUCUAUUACGAUUCUUACCAUUUUAACUUCCCGAACGAAGACAAAAAAUGUGACAUUUUAUGACAAUUAUGACACCAAAGUUACAAAUUUUUAACAAGCACGUGGAAGAGUAAGUGCAUAAACCAUUGACAUCUGACUAAAUAGUCGGAGCAGCUUAGCUAUCGAUUAAGACGAGGGGAGCUUUGAUAUUCGUGAUAAGAGGGACUCUAUGAAUCUCGGGUGAAUUCGGUUAUUCCCGAUAAUGAUCGAUUAAUAAUUCGAUUCCAAUCAUUGACAUCAAAGUUCAGCUCACAUAUAUUGUACGAA